UGGACACGAACUGUCAUGUCAAAGCCGUGUUCUGGAAACUUGUACACGAAUAGAAAUUGACACGCUUCCUUCUAUUUUUAUAUUAACUGUAGCAAGAUUUAGCUUAGAUUAUAACUUAUUUGUUAUUCCCAGUGUUAUUAGUAAGCUAGUUAAAGAAAAACCGCGAAAAUGAGUACAAUAUUGGAGAAAAUUGCGGCUAUAGAGUCCGAGAUGGCUCGAACGCAAAAAAAUAAAGCCACAGCACUUCAUUUAGGUCUACUUAAAGCCCGGUUAGCUAAAUUGAGGCGAGAACUCAUCACUCCCAAGGGUGGCGGCGGUGCGACAGGCGAAGGUUUCGAUGUCGCCAAAACUGGUGAUGCUCGUAUCGGGUUUGUAGGGUUUCCGUCUGUGGGGAAGUCUACAUUACUAUCUAACCUGGCUGGAGUGUACUCAGAAGUGGCAGCAUACGAGUUCACAACGCUGACAACAGUCCCGGGGUGUAUCAAGUAUAAGGGAGCUAAGAUUCAGCUGCUCGAUCUCCCUGGUAUUAUCGAAGGUGCUAAAGACGGCAAGGGUCGUGGUCGUCAAGUAAUCGCCGUCGCCAGAACAUGCAGUCUUAUAUUCAUAGUACUUGAUGUACUGAAGCCGUUGCAGCACAAGAAACUGAUUGAACACGAGUUGGAAGGCUUCGGACUGAGGUUAAACAAACAACCACCGAACAUACAUUUUAGGAAAAAAGAUAAGGGUGGAAUUAAUUUGAAUACUACUUGCCCGCAAACUGAGUUGGACAUAGAAACAGUGAAGACAAUUCUAUCAGAAUACAAAAUCCACAACGCUGACAUAACUCUCCGGUACGAUGCUAACAGUGACGACCUGAUUGAUGUGAUUGAAGGGAACCGAGUGUACAUGCCUUGUAUUUAUCUACUCAAUAAGAUUGAUCAAAUCAGCAUAGAAGAAUUGGACGUUAUUUACAAGAUACCUCAUUGCGUGCCCAUCUCGGCUCAUCACAAAUGGAAUUUCGAUGACUUAUUGGAAAAGAUGUGGGAAUACCUGAAGCUUAUUAGGAUAUACACCAAGCCUAAAGGACAGCUGCCUGACUAUAAUGCGCCUGUGGUAUUGCAUGCGGACCGCACCAGCGUCGAAGAUUUCUGUAACAAACUCCAUAGGUCCAUUGUAAAGGAAUUCAAAUAUGCUCUUGUUUGGGGGUCUUCUGUAAAGCAUCAGCCGCAGAAAGUUGGUAUCGACCAUGUGCUAUCCGAUGAAGAUGUUGUCCAAAUCGUGAAGAAAGUCUAAAACGUAACAUAUACUGGAAGAUAUAUACAAAUAUAUAUUUUUGCGAAACGAAAAUGAAAUAUAAAUGUUUAGGAUUUUGAGUGUCUGAUGAAUUCCAAGUGUUGUUAAAUUUGUAUUAACUCUUUGAGUACCGUCAUUAUAGAUAUAAUUAUAGAACAAUAGGUUGCGGGCACCGGUGACCGCUUGGUGUUUGACAGUUUAAAAGUAAACGGCUCUGUGAGCAUAGUAGUUCAUGCCUGAGAUACAUCAUUUUAUAGCUAAAAUUACCGAAAUAAUAAUUACUCCUAACCCAUUGAAAUUGUUGAAAAUCAUCCCCUAAAUUUGUUCAUACAAUUUGUCUAUAAACAUUGGAAAUAAGGUCUAUAAAGUAGUUAGUGGAGGGCGGUCACCGGUGACCGCUUGGGGAUAUACGGGUUAAGUUCUGAAGUCACUGAGAUUAUAAUGAAAUAUCAUUCUGUGUAAGUUCAUUACUGGAUUAUAAGGUUCAUCUACAAGAGGAUUUUUAAGUUCACUAAGCAGUCUAAAAUAUAUUGUUACUAGCAGCCAGCCUCUGGUUUGCUCGGAUACUGUUUUCAAUGUAAUAUUUCAUUAAUACAAACCAAAGUCAAAAUCAUUUAUUUCUAUUAGAUCAGGAAGUCACUUUUUAAUUGUCAAAACAAAAUAUUGAGAUAUUUUUAUCCUUUCAGCUACUAACAACUAAAAACUACCACAAAGUUCAUUUUGACGGUUUAUUAAACUGCCGUCACCACUCGACACUGGCAGUAUAGUCGACAAGAUCGUUUUGGAGACUCGUUUGCCAAAGAAGAGAAAAAAAAAUGUCAGUCUAUCGGUCAGUUCUUUAGUGAAGCGAUUUCUAACCGGAGAACCUAACGAGUUACCGGGGCUUCGGCUCGACGUGCAGAAGAAGGAACGGGGUGGUUUUUAGUCAGUAAGAG